AUGUCUACGAAUAACUGUCGGUCGUCAUCGGAGGCAGAGGGCGUGAAAGUCGAAGGGACGGUUGGGGUGGGCUCGGGUCUACGAGGGGCUAGGGAGAAGGAUGAUGAGGAAGUGUAUUCGAAUGGAAUUGAUGAUGAAGACGUUGGAGCUGCUUCUAGUGUGCAUACUUAUAACGACGAGGAAGAGUAUACGCCUAGGAGUCGGUGUUCAUCCGCGAGCAGCUCAUCUGAGUCGUCCGAGAGCAGUGACAACUAUAGUGAUAUGAGUGAUGAUGGUAUAGGGGAGGAGGACGAUGACCAGCACGAAGAUGAGGAUGCUGAGGGAUCACAAUAUGGUGGUACGGACGGCGGGGACUAUACCGAGUCCGACGAUGAAGGCACAGACGGAUACAAAAAGGGAGGUUACCAUGCUGUUCAUUUAGGGGAAAUCUAUAACGACCGUUACAAAGUAUUGGCGAAGUUAGGGUGGGGUCAUUUCAGUACGGUGUGGUUGUGUGAGGAUCUGGAGUACACUAAGAAGAUUGAGAAGGAAAUUGCUAAGGAGGACAAUGAAGUCUUUGCAAGGGACAAGAGUCGACCGAAAAAAAUUACACCCAAGCGAUAUGUGGCAUUGAAGAUUCAGAAGUCGGCCCCGCAUUACACAGAGGCUGCCUAUGACGAAAUUGAUAUUCUCAACGAGGCGAAGAAAAGGAAGUUCGAUGCUAGAUGGAUUGGCAGCAGAGAUUCUAUGAGGGACUUAUUACCGUUGAAGCCUGGGGGAGGGCUGAGAGAAAACUUCAAUGGGGUUGUCUCCUUGGUCGAUUCAUUCACUACUGACGGCCCUAAUGGACGCCACGUAUGCAUGGUUUUUGAGCCCAUGGGACCCAACGUACUUGCGCUGAUCAAGAAGUUCGAUUUCAAGGGAGUUCCUCUGGAUAUCCUUCGAAAAGUGCUGGUAUGCUGUCCGAGAAACGUUCCUGUAGACAAGCACGGUGUACCUCUGAUAAGCGGUCAAUGCUUAACGCAUGAGGAGGACGAUGACAAGCAAGAGGAUACCGAGGAUAAGACUACCUUGAGUCGGCAAGAGAGCACACCUCAUGAGCGUUUCAUCGUAGUGGCUGACUGUUCACCUAGUGACGCCGAGGAUCGUCCUACUGGUGCCGAGGUUGAACCGAACCGUCCAUUGACGAAGACUGAGAAGAACAGGUUGAAGCGUCGGAAGCAGAAGGAGAAGCGUCGCGCGGCAGCGGCAGCAGCAGCUAGACAAGAGCAGGUACUCCCCACUGCUGCUCCUACACUGUCGUCAUCGGCACCAUCCUCUGAUCGCUGUAGUGCUGAGGGAUCUAGAUGUUCCCCACCUUAUGUUAGAUCGACGGUUAAGCGGAGCAUGUCCGACCCGUCAUUACUGACGACCUACCCUGAGAUGCAGAAUGAGCGCCUUCAUCGUAUGCCGUAUCAUCACUUGGAGUACGCCAAGAUUGGCGACGUUGGAGAGCAUCGACAGAAUAAAUCAGCAGGAGGAAUAAGUGGGACGGGGGCUACCAGUACGGCUGAUAGUAGUGGGGGCCCAAGACGACAGGUCAAGGUUGACGAGGAUGAUAUAAGACUGCCUGGAUCUGAGAGUGAGUACAUAGUCGGGAAUUGGAAUUUCGUCACGCGUCCCGAUUCCGCGACUUUACUACCCCCGGGCGCUCCUUCUGCUACUGCUGCUGUAGUCGACGAUACACAGCGAGGGCGGCAUGCUUACGAGCUGGUGUCGGAGGCGGAGGUUCUUGGUCUCGAUAUAUUCGAUCAUGACAAUGUUGCAUUCAAGAUUGCAGAUCUUGGAAAUGCUUGCUGGACUCAUAAGCAUUUCUCUAACGAUAUCCAAACACGUCAGUAUCGCUCUCCUGAAGUUAUUGUUGGUGCCGGUUAUGAUAGCAGCGCUGAUAUAUGGUCGUUCGCCUGUAUGAUAUUCGAGCUCGUCACUGGUGAUUACCUAUUUGAUCCUAAGGCUACAGAGGAUUACCCACGAGAUGAGGAUCAUUUAGCGCUGUGUAUGGAGCUGUUAGGGCCGAUACCGCAUAGGCUGGCUUCGCAGGGACGACAUAGCAAGACGUUCUUCAAUAGGCGGGGGCAACUGAGGCAUAUCAAGAAUCUUAGGCAUUGGGGUCUGUACCAUGUGCUCCUCCAGAAGUAUAAUUUGAGUCGCAAAGAUGCUACGGAACUCACUGAUUUCCUCUUGCCUAUGCUGAAUAUGGACCCGAACAAACGAGCAACAGCUGAAGAGAUGUUGAAGCACCCAUGGCUGCGUGGCAAUCCCUGUGGAGGCAGCGAACAGUUUGUUGAUGAUGAGAAUGAAAUUAAUGGCAGCAAUGAGUACGAUCACGAGGUCAAGCCUGAUGAUGAAUAAUCGAUCGCUUGAUCGAUUUGAGUACAUGGCGAUGUUAUUCACCAUCCCGAUGGUUUUAUUCCACUGCGAACGUGAAGCUCUUCGAUGGGAAGAACUAUAGCCAGUGACUGAUGAAAGUUUCUCUUUGUACCAUUCAAGAAGCUAAUAUUGAACCUGUAAUUUGAGGACGUU